AUGGACCAGGCAAAAAAUCCCGUUGGAUCCAACCUGGGAGGGACAACAGCUUACAAGAGAACCAAUCCGUUUGGGGAAACGAAAACACGCCCCAAAAAGUAUGAGGCGGAUUGGUUAACUUCUCAUGAUGAAGGUGACAGUUUCUAUGGUAACAGACACACAUGCAAGAUGGCGUUCCUUCAAUGGAGUUGCCAAGACGUGGCAAAAUGGAUAGGAUCCUUAGGAUAUCCACAUUAUACAGCCUGUUUCACUGAGAACCUCAUCACAGGUAAAAAGCUGAUCUAUGUAAAUUGUCGCUAUCUGCCAAGAUUAGGAAUCACAGACUUUGAGGAUAUGAAGGCCAUCUCUGGCCAUGUCUGUGAGCUGCUGGGGAUCUCAGAGCCACUGUGGAGCCGUAGCAUCGCAGACCCUCUCAGAGACAGCAUGGGCCUGUUUCUGGAGAAGAAGAGCCGGACGGGGGACUGGGCCGACUCCCUCACCUACGAACAGUUCCUCAGUGACAGGACACAGUGAAUGGAAUCUGGCUGCAGAUUUUUUUGUUUUAAACCUGAAAGAAUUUACUUCUGGUCAGUGUGUUGUUUGUAAGAAUCAGAUUCACCUUUAUUUUGGAGGUGGCAAGGUGGCAUCUGACUAGUGUCCUAAAGGUCUCUGGUUCUAAACCCAGGGGAAUGCUAUGUCAUUUUGUCCCUCAGCAAGAAAGUUACUUGCUCCUGCGCUCCCUUGUAAAUAUCUAACUGGCUGUUGCUAAAAAUAAGAAUUGCUUCCUAAUCAACUUGCUGAAUAAAACUAUUUUACUUUGCUAGCUAUAGACCAAAAAAACAGCGGUGGCGGUAUAGUUUUGCCCUGGAGUCGUGUGGGUCCUUUAUGGAGGGUAUACGGCCAAUGACGGCUCAUCUUCACAGACCGGACGACGCAUUGCUGUUUGCCCUUGGAGUGCUUCAGUUGUGAAGGAUGAGGCAAUAAUGUUCCAGCCAAUUACAGAUGUUGAUUUGGACAUUGACUGUCAAGGCAACGUUUUGCCAGGCGCUUUGUGAUUCAAUUUGUGUUCUGGGGUGUGCAUUUGGUUUUUCAGAUUAUUGCAUUUGUUGUAACGUAAUGAUUGAGGGGUAACAGCUGGUGCGGCACAGGGCUUGAAACUGUGACCCAGUAGUUACCACUCUAUUACAUGUGCCAAUAGGACCCAGACCUCCUGACGUAGCAUGCAUAAAAACUGAUUAAUAUCCUAAACCAAGGACCCAAGGCUAUUUCCACUUAUUGAGUAUACCGGUUUAAUUGAAUGAAAUGCUCCAUUGGUCCAAAAACAAGUGGGACACAGUAGCCUUGUUCUGAAGUCCUUUAUUGAUUAGGUAAUGCAAGGUACAACCACAGGAUGUUGUUUUCUGAAUUCAGAAGAAUUUAUUAGACUGGUAAGGCUCCUGGAAUUACCAGAUAUUCCAUCAUUCCAACA